AUGACGGUACAUCAGUAUGCUGCUAGGUUUACUGAGUUAUCCCGUUUUGCUACUUAUUUGAUUCCCGAUGAGGAAAAGAAAGCACGCAAAUUUGAGCAAGGACUGAAUGAGAAACUGUACGUGCGUGUGGUGGGUUUCCAGAUUCGGAACUUCUCAGAAUUGGUGGAUAAAGCAACAGUUUUUGAAAGAACCCUUCAAAGAAGCGCUGCAAUGCAUGAACAGAGAAAAAGGACUACUCCUACUGGGUACCAGUCUGGCAUGGAUCAGGGACCAUGGAAAAAGAGGAAUGAGGGUAGUAGUUCAGGGAAAAGGCUGGUUCAGAGUAAUCAACAGCCCUACCAGUGUAGGACAUGCAAUCAAGUGCACUCCGGAGAGUGCAGAAAAGGGGCGGGAUUGUGUUUUCGUUGUGGCAAAACAGGUCACUACAUCAGGGAUUGCCCAAUGCAAAAUAGGAACAACCAGACAUUCAUACCGCCACCUCAGAGGAAUGAAGUAUCAGCCCGGGGCAGCAAUCAACGUCCUACUGCGCCUGCUCGAGUCUUUGCACUAACACCUGGAGAAGUUGAGGGUAGGAAUGACGUGAUCACUGGUAUGACUCUUUGGUUUUACUUCAAGGAUUUAUAG